UAAUAAUAAAGUACAUCACAAACCACUCAAAUAUGAAAUAACUAAUUACUUAAAAACCAAAUCAUGUGAAUAUUAAGUGACCAAGUAACUCGACAAGAAAGUUACCACAAUACAAAAACAUGAAAUAAAAGUCUAAAGAUGUUAAAUAAGGCCACCCUGGAUACUUGGAUGUUUCAGGCCUAGAAGACUCGAGAAGCUGACAAGUUUAAGAGACCAAUGGCGUCGGAUUUAGCUGAAUUUGCCAACAGCAUCAUUGGCGGAGAAGAUUUUCAUAGUGCACGGUCUUCAGGAUUCUUUGACGAAAGUUCCAAGAGUAUUAUGCAGACUCGUAGCAAAUUGAGUAGCGACCUACCUUCAUCCUCAUCGAUCGUGAUCCUGGGAGACCAGAGCCAGUUGAGCCGAGACGUCGACCGAUGGAUAAAUGGCGAAAGUGAGAGCACCACUGACACGCCAGCCAAUGUAAUAGUCCAAGGAGUCAGUAAUGUCAGAAUUACCAGCCGACGCUAUUCGCCGUGCAAAAGCGCUAAUGUUGUGUACGGAGCCAAUACAUACGAGUACAUCAUAAUGGUACCGGCUAGGUUGAACAGGCCGCCGACAACGGUGGAAAGGGUUCAACCCCCCGUUAUGCAACCGAGCACCUCCUUUACAAACGACAUGUGGUGCUAUGUUCUGGCGUUGUUACUGCCCGUCUUCAGUUUUAGCAACUGCGCGAACUGGACGUACAACCCCGGCCUGAUAGUGAACACAGCGGAACUAUUCGUAAUGAGUCUGUCCCGCGUGUGUACGCAGGCGCAUGCGCGUUUCCUGCAACUCGCGCAGGACCGGGUGAGACUUACCAAUAUCGCGCGCGAAUUUGUAGCUACAAUAAUGGAUAUAAUGCUGGUGGUGUACGCCAUUGGUUUCCUUGUACUCUCCAUGUACCAAGCUUCUGUCUCCAUCUGAUCCUGAACGUCCCUACCAUUGUGCAUUGUCUACACUGACUAUAAUUUUCAGUUAAGAAUCUUUACCGUGGGAUAUUACA